AUGCAAGAAAUGUUUGGAUCAGUCCGACGAUCACUGGUGUUCCGUACACCCGACAGUGGUGGCGGUGGUGACGAAGGCACCGUCGGAACCCUAGUCGACAAGAUCAAUUCAUGCAUCCGCAAGUCAAUAGUCUUCUCCAAGCCCUCGCCACAAUCACUGCCUCCAACUACCAAGGACAGUGCGCCACCACCACCGUCAAUUCGGUGGCGGAAAGGCGAACUGAUCGGUUGCGGUGCAUUCGGCCAAGUCUACAUGGGAAUGAAUCUCGAUUCCGGAGAGCUUCUUGCCGUUAAACAAGUUUUGAUUGCAAACAGUGCCUCCAAGGAAAAAGCACAGGCACACAUUCGUGAGCUUGAGGAAGAAGUUAAGCUUCUUAAGAAUCUUUCUCAUCCCAAUAUUGUUAGAUAUUUGGGAACUGUGAGAGAAGAGGAAACUUUGAAUAUUCUUUUGGAAUUCGUACCUGGGGGAUCUAUAUCAUCACUGUUAGGGAAGUUUGGAUCUUUCCCCGAAGCAGUUGUAAGAAUGUACACAAAGCAAUUGUUAUGGGGGCUGGAUUAUCUUCACAAGAAUGGAAUUAUGCACAGGGAUAUUAAAGGGGCAAACAUCCUUGUUGAUAAUAAAGGAUGCAUUAAACUUGCGGAUUUUGGUGCAUCCAAACAGGUUGUUGAGCUGGCUACUGUUACAGGUGCUAAGUCUAUGAAAGGUACACCAUAUUGGAUGGCUCCUGAAGUCAUUCUCCAGACUGGUCAUAGAUUACUUGAUAGGAUGUCGGAUGUCCUUGAGGGUACCAAUUGCAUUCACUAUGUGCCAUGCUCUGCUGAUAUAUGGAGCGUUGGAUGUACGGUAAUUGAGAUGGCUACGGGCAAGCCCCCCUGGAGCCAGCAGUACCAAGAGGUGGCAGCUCUCUUCCAUAUUGGGACGACAAAGGCUCAUCCACCAAUCCCAGAGCAUCUCUCUGCUGAGGCAAAAGAUUUUCUGCUGAAAUGCUUAAAAAAGGAACCAGAGUUAAGGCCACCUGCAUGUGAGUUGCUGCAGCAUCCUUUUGUUACUGGGGAAUCCAUGCAGUGUCCUGCUAUUGUUCAUGCUUCUCCCAUGGAAAAUUAUGAAAUCCCUCUCUUUUCACAUGGGAGAAAUUCGGAAAAUAUCACUGACUCGAUGGAUGUCUGUAAUUUGGGUACUCUGAAUUUUUCAACUGUAAAUUCCGAGAAAUUGUCAGAGAGCAGAUAUAUUGGGGGAGCAAACAACAGUGACGAUGAUAUGUGUCAGAUUGAUGAUGAAGAUGAUUUUAUGGUGGGUGCAGAAGCGGAACGCAGUUCUGUCUUGAUCCCGGACGAGUUCAGUAAGAUUGUCAAUAGACCUGUUGGUACAUGUGGAUCAUCUGGAAAAGAUGGUGAUGAUUUCUCCUUUAAUGGUGGGCGAUCACUAUCUGAGGAUGAUGAUGAGGUUACUGAAUCCAAAAUUAGGGCCUUUCUGGAUGAAAAGGUAAUUUUAGUUGUUUGGCUUUUCAAUUGAGUGGAAAUGAACAAUCACUAGGUGUUAGCUUCUUAAUUUGAGAUUGCAGUGAACUGUUAUGUUUUUCUCAUUCUUGCCACUAUCUCAGGCUCUAGAACUAAAGAAACUGCAGACGCCUUUAUAUGAAGAAUUCUACAAUAGUUUAAAUGCUUCUUACGCAACAGAUUUUACUGAGACCACAUGUGAUGACAGUGCUCCAAAGUACUUGAAAUUACCUCCUAAAAGUAGGUCACCCAAUCGGGCUCCAAUUGGCACUCCGUCUCCAUCAGUUGAUGCUUUAACUAGUGCUAGCCCUGGGAGUAGUGGGAGACGCAUCUCAAUUAUUGGCAGUGCAAGUAAUCAGAGUCCAGAUGAUAUUUCAUCCCCUCAGCAUAAUGAUCAGAAAAGGCUUCUAGUUGAUGCUCAACAGGAACCAAGAAGCUCAAGCAAGAGCUUUUUUGAGAUACAGAGGAAGUGGAAAGAGGAGCUAGACCAAGAGCUAGAGAAAAAGCGAGAGAUGAUGCGUCAAACAGCUGUCGGAGGAAAAACAUCAUCCCCAAAGGAUCGAGCUUUGAACCGGCAGAGAGAGAGGUCAAGGUUUGCAUCUCCAGGGAAAUGACAGUGUAUGUAGCUGCACUAAUGGUGAAAAGGAUACCUGGUGGAGCCGACUGGCCAGUUUCGCUUGAAAAUACAUUGUCACACCCUCCACUAGAUUACUCAUGUGCGUCAUUGUAUGUUCUUUGAAAGGCCAAGCUAGUGUGUAUGCCGCUGUGCCACACAAACACGCAUUUUUGAAAGUAAGUUUGAAUAUGCAUAGUUCUUUUUUUCUUUUUUGGGGUGUUGGAGGGUUUGGUUUUCGAUAUAUGAUCUUGAGUUGUGUUCAGUGCAUAAAGUCUGUAUUUCCUCAUGUAAAAUAAUCAUUUCCCACUUGUUUCCUGUAACUUUUUUUUUUGGGUCAGUAUUAGUUUCCUGUAAUUGUGCAUUUCAAUUGAGGGUUACUUUUAGUUCUUUAUGGA